GCUUUAACAGCCAGCGAAUUGGUCCAUCUUCUGAAAGCAGACGUACUUGAAGCGACUAUACAAGCCGACCGUGAACAAGAUACUACAGAGGAAUUACAAACGAAUCAAUCAUCAACGGAGGAGAACCCAGACCAUAAUAAUUAGUUGCUAUAAAUUCAGUUGGCUUUGGUUAUUAUCCCGAGACUCUAAAUUUGCUACAUAGACACCAUGUCGGUUGAAGUAUUGUCUGGCAAAGUUUUUCUAUUGGUAACUGGUGCGAGUCGCGGUAUCGGCCGUCAGAUCGCGAUAACAUUCGGUUCGCUAUUAGAGGAAGGCUCGCGUAUUCUUUUAUUAGCAAGGAAUAAGAAUGCGUUACAAGAAGUCGCCAAAAGUAUACUUUCCAAAGCCAAAGUUUGUACCAUCAGCACGGAUUUGAGUAAAACAACUCUCACCGAGUUUAAAGAAUUUCUAUCGGAAUCUUUGAAUGGCACUACUCCUGAUGCAUUUGAUCGAAUGGUCCUGGUACAUAAUGUGGGGUCCUUGGGCGAUAUGUCUCAAACCGUAAACGAAAUACUGGACGUGAACAUUUGGAGAAAUCUUUUCGAUCUAAACUUUUCCAUACCCGCUGUAUUGAACGCAGUAGUCAUGAAUACGUUUGCUAAUAAAAGUAUUAAGAAGACAGUUAUCAAUAUUACAUCUUUGUAUGCUAUUCAAGCGGGCAUUGGCAGUGCUCAAUAUUCCUCGGUGAAAGCAGCACGAGAAAUGUAUUUUAAGGUUUUUGCUUUGGAAAAUCCUGAUGUUAACGUGUUAAAUUACGCUCCGGGACCCGUUGAUACAGAUAUGUUUGCAAUGGUAUGUGAAAAACUCGUUGAUGCUGAAACUAAAAAGCUGUUUAAUGAGAUGCGAGAAAAGAAAACCGUGUUGACAACAGAACAGACUGUUAAUCGCCUCGUGGAGAUUUUAAAAGAACAAAAAUACAAUUCGGCCGAUCAUGUAGAUUAUUAUGAUAAAUUGUAAAAUAAAAAUAAUGAUGUUUAUAGAGAGAAGAAACACAGAAAGUAAAAUACUUUCUCAGCGAACAAAUUUAUUCUUUUACAUUAAACAUAAUUUUAUUCUAUAUUCUUAAAGAUAUAAUAACAUAAUAACUUGAGAAAUAAUAUAAAUAUUGUAAAUAAUUUCUCUCUAUAAAUUAUAUAUUUAUAAUUUUUGUUUAAUAUUCUUUUGUAAUUAAUGAACUUGAUAGUAUUUGAAUAACAAUUACAAUUAACAUCUAUAAAGAAUUCGCACAAUUUUAUUUUAAAAAAAUCUCAAAAUUAUUCAUACCUGCUUUAAUGAAUUCUAUUUUAUCUUAUACUUUCUCUUAUAAAAUAUUGUAUAGAAAAACAUUAAGAAUAUAAAAGGAAAAAGUA